AGCUGAAGCCAUUUAUUUGAACCUUGGAUGACUGGCUUCUAAAUACUUAAUUCUGAAAACUGCUCAAGUCAUAAAAUCAGGAUUAGAUGAUCCAAGUGAACACCAAGAAACUACAGCCUCAAGUGACACGCUUCAGCACCAGUGAGCAAAGUGAACAAAUACUGUGCUUCUUCUAACUUUCAUUCCACUUGGGGAAAAAAGAAUAUCAUCAUGUCAAACAUUACGAUUGACCCUGACGUCAAGCCUGGUGAAUAUGUCAUCAAGAGCCUCUUUGCAGAAUUUGCCAUUCAAGCUGAAAAGAAAAUUGAAGUUGUAAUGGCCGAACCCUUGGAGAAGUUGCUGUCCAGAUCUCUUCAGAGGGGUGAAGACCUUCAGUUUGACCAGUUGAUAAGCUCUAUGAGCUCAGUAGCAGAGCACUGUCUCCCUUCCUUACUCCGCACCUUGUUCGACUGGUACAGACGACAAAAUGGAGCUGAAGAUGAGUCUUAUGAGUACAGGCCUCGAUCUAGCACAAAGUCUAAGGGAGAUGAACAGCAACGAGAAAGAGAUUACCUUCUGGAAAGACGUGACUUAGCAGUCGAUUUCAUUUUUUGUUUAGUUUUAGUUGAAGUUCUAAAGCAGAUUCCCGUUCAUCCUGUACCUGAUCCCUUAAUUCACGAAGUUCUAAACUUAGCUUUUAAGCACUUUAAACAUAAGGAAGGAUAUUCAGGAACCAACACUGGGAAUGUGCAUAUAAUUGCAGAUUUAUAUGCAGAGGUGAUAGGGGUUCUUGCCCAAUCAAAGUUUCAGGCUGUAAGGAAGAAGUUUGUGACAGAAUUGAAAGAACUACGACAGAAGGAACAAAGUCCACAUGUGGUCCAAAGUGUAAUCAGCUUAAUAAUGGGAAUGAAAUUUUUCCGGGUGAAAAUGUAUCCUGUAGAAGAUUUUGAAGCAUCAUUUCAGUUUAUGCAGGAAUGUGCUCAGUAUUUCUUAGAAGUUAAAGAUAAAGAUAUAAAACAUGCACUUGCUGGUUUGUUUGUGGAGAUCCUUAUCCCUGUAGCUGCUGCUGUUAAAAAUGAAGUGAAUGUUCCUUGUUUGAAGAACUUCGUAGAGAUGCUUUAUCAGACUACGUUUGAAUUGAGCUCCAGGAAGAAGCAUUCAUUGGCUUUGUAUCCACUAAUUACCUGCCUUUUAUGUGUCAGUCAGAAGCAGUUUUUUUUAAAUAACUGGCAUAUUUUCCUACAGAACUGUUUGUCACAUUUAAAGAUGCCAUCUAACAACAGUAUCAGAAAACAAAUAGAAACACUUCAGAAUAAAGAUCCUAAAAUGUCUCGAGUUGCACUGGAAUCUUUGUAUAGAUUGUUGUGGGUUUAUGUUAUUAGAAUAAAAUGUGAAAGCAACACUGUAACUCAAAGUCGUCUAAUGAGCAUCGUGUCAGCACUUUUCCCAAAAGGCUCUCGAAGUGUGGUGCCUCGUGACACACCUCUUAAUAUAUUUGUGAAGAUUAUUCAGUUCAUUGCUCAGGAACGUUUGGAUUUUGCAAUGAAAGAAAUAAUAUUUGAUCUUCUAAGUGUUGGAAAAUCUACUAAAACUUUCACCAUUAAUCCAGAGAGGAUGAACAUAGGCCUCAGAGUCUUCCUUGUCAUAGCAGACAGUUUGCAGCAGAAAGAUGGUGAGCCACCCAUGCCAACAACAGGAGUUAUUCUUCCCUCAGGAAAUACUCUGCGGGUAAAGAAAAUUUUUCUCAAUAAAACCUUGACGGAUGAAGAGGCAAAAGUAAUAGGAAUGUCAGUUUACUAUCCUCAAGUAAGAAAAGCACUAGAUAGCAUUCUCCGACAUUUGGACAAAGAAGUUGGGAGACCGAUGUGUAUGACCAGUGUGCAGAUGUCUAAUAAGGAGCCUGAAGAUAUGAUUACGGGGGAAAGAAAACCCAAAAUUGAUUUGUUUAGAACUUGUAUUGCUGCCAUUCCAAGAUUGAUUCCAGAUGGUAUGAGCAGAACUGACCUCAUUGAAUUGUUAGCAAGGCUCACCGUCCAUAUGGAUGAAGAGCUGCGUGCCCUGGCUUUCAAUACUCUGCAGGCACUGAUGCUUGAUUUUCCAGAUUGGCGGGAGGAUGUUCUUUCAGGAUUUGUUUAUUUUAUUGUCCGUGAAGUGACUGAUGUUCACCCUACCCUUCUUGAUAAUGCUGUAAAGAUGUUGGUACAGUUAAUAAAUCAGUGGAAACAAGCAGCCCAGAUGCAUAACAAAAACCAGGACUCACAGCAUGGUGUUGCUAAUGGAGCAUCUCACCCUCCUCCUCUGGAAAGGAGCCCAUAUUCCAGUGUAUUCCAUGUAGUGGAAGGGUUUGCACUUGUCAUUCUCUGUAGCAGCCGACCUGCCACUAGGAGAUUAGCCGUCAGUGUCCUUAGAGAAAUUCGGGCUUUAUUUGCACUUUUGGAAAUACCUAAGGGUGAUGAUGAAUUAGCAAUAGAUGUGAUGGACAGGCUGAGCCCAUCCAUUCUGGAGAGCUUCAUACAUCUCACUGGAGCUGAUCAGACUACUUUGCUGUAUUGCCCUAGCUCUAUAGAUUUACAGACAUUAGCAGAAUGGAACUCUUCUCCCAUUAGCCACCAGUUUGAUGUGAUUAGUCCAUCACACAUAUGGAUAUUUGCACAUGUGACCCAAGGCCAAGACCCAUGGAUCAUAAGUCUCUCUAGUUUUUUAAAGCAAGAAAACCUUCCUAAACACUGUUCUACAGCUGUGAGCUAUGCCUGGAUGUUUGCAUAUACAAGGCUACAGUUGCUGUCCCCCCAGGUUGAUAUAAAUAGCCCUAUCAAUGCUAAGAAAGUAAAUACGACCACAAGCAGUGACUCCUACAUUGGCCUGUGGAGAAACUAUCUGAUUCUUUGCUGCAGUGCAGCGACAUCCGUGUCAUCGCCAACAUCGGCAGGUUCUGUGAGGUGUUCUCCUCCUGAGACGCUGGCGUCCACCCCCGACAGUGGCUACAGCAUUGACUCCAAAAUUAUUGGCAUCCCAUCCCCCUCAUCCUUGUUUAAGCACAUAGUUCCAAUGAUGCGCUCCGAGAGCGUGGAGAUCACAGAAUCCCUGGUUCUAGGACUUGGCAGGACCAACCCAGGAGCCUUUAGGGAAUUGAUAGAGGAAUUACAUCCAAUAAUUAAAGAAGCACUUGAAAGAAGGCCAGAGAAUAUGAAGCGGCGCAGGCGUCGAGACAUACUGCGAGUACAGCUGGUACGAAUAUUUGAACUGCUGGCAGAUGCUGGUGUUAUUAGUCACAGUGCAAGUGGUGGCCUUGAUAAUGAAACACAUUUCCUCAACAACACUCUAUUGGAAUAUGUAGAUCUAACUAGACAACUCCUGGAAGCAGAAAAUGAAAAAGACUCUGACAUGCUGAAGGAUAUACGAUGCCAUUUUAGUGCCUUAGUGGCGAAUAUCAUUCAGAAUGUUCCAGUGCACCAGAGAAGAAGUAUUUUCCCUCAACAAAGCCUCCGUCACAGUCUGUUCAUGCUCUUCAGCCACUGGGCAGGCCCUUUUAGCAUCAUGUUCACACCCUUGGACAGAUACAGUGAUAGGAAUAUGCAAAUCAAUAGACAUCAAUACUGUGCAUUAAAGGCUAUGUCUGCUGUACUGUGUUGUGGCCCUGUUGCAGAUAAUGUAGGACUUUCAUCAGAUGGCUAUCUGUACAAAUGGUUGGAUAACAUCUUGGACUCUUUGGACAAAAAGGUUCAUCAUUUGGGCUGUGAAGCAGUCACAUUGCUGCUGGAACUGAACCCUGAUCAGAGCAACCUCAUGUACUGGGCUGUGGACCGAUGUUAUACAGGCUCCAAGAGGGUGGCAGCUGGCUGUUUUAAAGCCAUCGCUAAUGUAUUCCAGAAUAGGGAUUAUCAGUGUGACACAGUGAUGCUUCUAAAUCUGAUACUGUUUAAAGCAGCUGACUCUUCUAGAAGCAUCUAUGAAGUUGCUAUGCAACUUUUACAGAUUCUGGAACCAAAGAUGUUUCGCUAUGCUCAUAAAUUGGAGGUUCAGAGAACAGAUGGAGUGCUCAGCCAGCUGUCUCCUCUACCACAUCUGUAUUCUGUUUCAUAUUACCAGUUGUCCGAAGAAUUAGCAAGGGCAUACCCUGAGCUCACUCUUGCCAUAUUCUCAGAGAUCAGCCAGAGGAUCCAGACCGCUCACCCUGCGGGCCGGCAGGUCAUGCUGCACUACUUGCUGCCGUGGAUGAACAACAUCGAGCUGGUGGAUUUGAAGCCUCUGCCCACAGCCAGGCGGCAGGAUGAAGAGGAAGAUGAGUCAUUGAAAGACCGGGAGCUCAUGGUGACUAGCAGGCGCUGGUUACGGGGAGAAGGCUGGGGAUCCCCACAAGCCACUGCCAUGGUUUUGAACAACCUGAUGUACAUGACAGCAAAGUACGGGGACGAUCUGGCCUGGUCUGAGGUGGAGAACGUAUGGACCACACUUGCUGAUGGCUGGCCGAAGAACCUGAAAAUCAUUUUGCACUUUUUGAUCAGUAUUUGUGGGGUGAAUAGCGAGCCAAGCCUCUUGCCUUACGUGAAGAAAGUUAUUGUUUAUUUAGGUAGAGACAAAACGAUGCAGUUGCUAGAAGAGCUGGUGAGUGAGCUACAGCUGACGGACCCUGUCAGUGCAGGGGUCACUCACAUGGACAACCCCCCCUACUACCGCAUUACUUCCAGCUGCAAAAUCCCCUCUGUCACCUCAGGAACUACUUCUAGUAGCAAUACAAUGGUAGCUCCCACAGAUGGCAACCCUGACAAUAAGCCAAUAAAAGAGAACCUUGAGGAGAGCUAUGUGCACCUGGACAUCUACAGCGGACUGAACAGUCACUUAAACCGCCAACAUCACAGGCUAGAAUCUCGGUACAGUAGCAGCUCCGGAGGAUCUUAUGAAGAAGAAAAAAGUGAUUCAAUGCCACUUUAUUCUAAUUGGCGACUGAAAGUGAUGGAGCAUAACCAAGGAGAGCCACUGCCCUUCCCACCAGCUGGAGGCUGCUGGUCGCCACUGGUGGAUUACGUGCCUGAAACGUCAUCACCUGGAUUACCUCUUCACAGGUGUAACAUUGCAGUGAUCCUUUUGACUGAUCUAAUCAUUGAUCACAGUGUGAAGGUGGAAUGGGGAAGCUAUCUCCAUCUUCUUCUUCAUGCAAUUUUUAUAGGGUUUGACCACUGCCACCCUGAGGUGUAUGAACAUUGUAAACGCCUGCUUCUGCACUUAUUAAUAGUGAUGGGACCCAACAGUAACAUCCGAACUGUUGCUUCUGUCCUACUCAGGAACAAGGAGUUCAAUGAGCCCAGGGUGCUGACAGUCAAACAAAUUGCACACUUAGAUUAUACUUUCACAGCAGGCAUUAACGAUUUUAUACCUGAUUACCAGCCCUCCCCUAUGACCGACUCAGGGCUUAGCUCAAGUUCUACCUCUUCUAGUAUCAGCUUAGGAAACAACAGCGCUGCCAUUUCACACCUGCACACCACCCUCCUCAACGAGGUGGACAUCUCAGUGGAACAGGAUGGAAAAGUCAAAACCCUCAUGGAAUUCAUUACCUCAAGGAAAAGGGGGCCUCUUUGGAACCAUGAGGAUGUUUCUGCCAAGAACCCUAGCAUAAAGAGUGCUGAACAGUUAACUACAUUUUUGAAACAUGUAGUUUCUGUUUUUAAGCAGUCAAGCUCAGAAGGUAUUCAUUUGGAACAUCAUCUUAGUGAAGUUGCUCUGCAAACGGCGCUUUCUUGUUCUUCUCGACACUAUGCUGGGAGAUCCUUUCAGAUUUUCAGGGCCCUAAAGCAGCCACUGUCUGCAACUACACUUUCUGAUGUUCUCUCCAGGCUUGUGGAAACUGUAGGGGACCCAGGAGAAGACGCCCAGGGAUUUGUAAUUGAGCUUCUUCUCACCUUGGAAUCUGCAAUUGAUACUUUGGCUGAAACCAUGAAACAUUAUGAUCUUCUUUCUGCCCUUUCUCAAACCUCAUACCGUGAUCCUAUAAUGGGAAACAAGUACGCAGCUAACAGGAAAAGCACUGGACAACUCAAUCUAAGCACAAGUCCCAUUAAUAGUAACAAUUAUUUUGGAUACAACAGUAAUGCAAGAAGUAACUCUCUGAGAUUAAGUUUAUUUGGUGACCGAAGAGGUGACCGGCGGCGCAGUAACACACUGGAUAUAAUGGACGGACGGAUAAACCAUAGCAAUAGCUUAGCUAGGACUAGAAGCCUUUCCUCUCUGCGAGAGAAAGGCACAUAUGAUGUGCAGUCCACUACUGAGCCUACCAACUUGAUGGCCACCAUCUUUUGGAUAGCAGCAUCUUUAUUAGAAUCAGACUAUGAAUAUGAAUACCUCCUGGCUCUCAGGCUUCUCAACAAACUGCUUAUCCACUUGCCUUUGGAUAAAUCGGAGAGUCGAGAGAAGAUUGAAAAUGUACAAAACAAAUUGAAGUGGAAUAAUUUUCCAGGCCUUCAACAGCUCUUCCUUAAAGGCUUUACCUCAGUAUCUACUCAAGAAAUGACCAUACACCUCCUCAGUAAACUCAUUUCUGUCUCCAAACACACAUUGGUGGAUCCUUCCCAGUUGUCAGGCUUUCCUCUUAACAUCCUUUGCUUAUUGCCUCAUUUAAUCCAGCAUUUUGACAGCCCAACUCAGUUUUGCAAAGAAACAGCUAGUCGAAUAGCAAAGGUUUGUGCAGAAGAAAAAUGCCCCACACUAGUGAACCUGGCUCACAUGAUGAGUUUGUACAGUACGCACACGUACUCUAGAGACUGUUCUAACUGGAUCAAUGUUGUGUGCAGAUACCUGCACGACUCCUUCGCAGACACCACAUUCAGCCUUGUGACGUACCUGGCAGAGUUGUUAGAAAAAGGGUUGUCCAGCAUGCAGCAGUCCUUACUGCAGAUUAUCCACAGCCUGCUUAGUCACGUUGACCUGUCGGCAGCCCCGGCCAAGCAGUUUAAUCUGGAGAUCAUAAAGAUUAUUGGCAAAUAUGUACAAAGUCCUUACUGGAAAGAAGCCCUAAACAUACUAAAACUAGUGGUGUCGCGCUCCGCAAGCCUUGUUGUACCCAACGACAUCCCAAAGGCCUAUGGGGGAGACAUAGGCUCUCCUGAAAUAUCCUUCACCAAAAUCUUCAAUAAUGUUUCCAAGGAGUUACCUGGGAAGACCUUAGAUUUUCAUUUUGACAUCUCUGAGACUCCCAUCAUCGGUAAUAAGUAUGGUGACCAGCACAGCGCAGCUGGAAGGAAUGGCAAGCCCAAAGUGAUCGCUGUCACAAGAAGCACCUCCUCCACUUCCUCUGGCUCCAACUCCAAUGCUUUGGUCCCUGUCAGCUGGAAAAGGCCACAGUUAUCACAGAGAAGAACGAGAGAAAAGCUAAUGAACGUACUUUCCCUCUGUGGCCCCGAAUCUGGCCUCCCAAAGAACCCAUCAGUUAUAUUUUCAUCUAAUGAGGACUUGGAAGCAGGUGACCAGCAGACCAGCCUGAUUUCCACCACAGAAGAUGUCAUUCAGGAGGAGGAGGUGGCCGUGGAGGACAAUAACAGUGAACAACAGUUUGGCGUAUUUAAGGAUUUUGACUUUCUAGAUGUUGAACUGGAAGAUGCAGAGGGUGAAAGCAUGGACAAUUUCAACUGGGGAGUCCGGCGGCGCUCACUGGACAGCAUGGACAAAGGGGACACACCGUCCCUCCAGGAGUACCAGUGCUCCAGCAGCACCCCCAGCCUGACGCUGACAAACCAGGAGGACACAGACGAGUCCUCCGAGGAGGACGCGGCCCUCACGGCCAGCCAGAUCCUUUCCCGCACACAGAUGCUAAACAGCGACUCCGCUGUGGACGAACUCAUGCCAGAGCCUCCUGACUUGCUCCUUCCAUCUCAGGAUUCCACCAGCAGCAACACGGCAGAAGAAGGGCUGCAAAUCCGAGCUGAGACCCCCAGUUUGGAGGCUUGUCUAGAUAAUACUAGCAGCCAGCUGCCUGAGGAUACAAGUUCAGUAUUAAAGGAGGAUCGCGUUACAACCUUUGAAGAUGAAGAGUCCUAUAUUACUCAAGAACAGCAGGAGGACUCUCUUGCGUGUCAAGGAAUUCUUGACUUAGAAGAAACUGAUAUGCCAGAAUCGUUGGCUCCAGGAAGCUACCCAGAGUCUGUCUGUGAGGAGGAUGUUACCUUGGCUUUGAAAGAGCUUGAUGAACGAUGCGAAGAAGAGGAAGCAGAUUUCUCUGGACUCUCUAGUCAAGACGAGGACGAGCAGGAUGGUUUCCCCGAAGUGCAGACAUCACCUCUGCCCUCACCUUUUCUUUCUGCCAUAAUUGCGGCUUUUCAGCCAGUGGCCUAUGAUGAUGAAGAAGAAGCCUGGCGCUGCCACGUCAGUCAGAUGCUGUCAGACACGGAUGGGUCCUGCGCAGUGUUCACGUUCCAUGUGUUUUCGAGGCUAUUUCAGACAAUUCAGAGGAAGUUUGGAGAAAUAACUAACGAGGCAGUCAGCUUUCUGGGUGAGAGUCUGCAGCGUAUCGGCACCAAAUUUAAAAGUUCCUUGGACGUGAUGAUGAUGUGUUCAGAGUGUCCAACGGUCUUUGUGGAUGCUGAAACGCUGAUGUCAUGUGGUUUGCUAGAAACACUCAAGUUCAGUGUUUUGGAGCUACAAGAACACCUGGAUACCUACAAUGCCAAAAGAGAAGCAGCUGAACAGUGGUUAGACAAUUGUAAAAGGACAUUUGGUGCCAAAGAAGACAUAUAUAGAAUAAACACAGAUGCCCAGCAAAUGGAAAUUCUAGCAGAACUGGAGCUCUGCAGAAGGUUAUACAAACUGCAUUUCCAACUGCUGCUUCUGUUCCAAGCCUACUGUAAACUCAUCAGCCAAGUAAAUACAAUAAAAAAUGAAGCAGAGGUCAUCAACAUGUCAGAGGAACUUGCCCACCUGGAGAGCAUCCUCAAAGAAGCAGAGGCUGCUUCUGAAAAUGAAGAAAUCGACAUUUCCAAGGCUGUGCAAAGCACCAUAGAAACUGCCAUUCAUUCUCUAAUUGAAACUUUGAAAAAUAAGGAAUUUGUAUCUGCCGUAGCUCAAGUCAAAGCAUUCAGGACUCUCUGGCCCAAUGACAUCUUCGGCAGCUGCGAGGAUGACCCGGUGCAGACGCUGCUGCACAUCUACUUCCACCAUCAGACCCUGGGCCAGACGGGCAGCUUCGCGGUCAUCGGCUCCAACCUGGACAUGUCUGAAGCCAACUACAAACUGAUGGAGCUCAACCUGGAGAUGAGAGAGUCUCUGCGCAUGGUGCAAUCGUACCAACCUCUAGCACAGGUCAAACCCAUUGGGAAUAUGGUGAGCACUGGAUUCUGAGGAACUUCAGGCAUUGUGGAGAGAAACUGAACUCUGAAGAUAUUUAAGAAUAUUAACCAAGCACCUUUUAUGAACCCUUGCAAUUCACUGAUAACUUUCCUGGCAGCACCUACAAUUAAAGUGUAACUAAUUAACUAUUAAACUAGCAAAGGCAAAGAUCUGAAGGAGGAAAAAAUAAAACUGCAAUUCUUUUAAUAGCUGCCAAUACUUCCCACAAUAACUAUGAAGAAGGAAUUUUUUUAAUAUGUAUCCUAUAUGAAAAGAAAAGGGCUAAAAGUGAUGCGUACAAAUACAUUACUUUCUGGAGAAAGCAAAGAAUUCUAAGACCGUUUGCAAUCAAGGCCUCUGAUACUGGGACGUCAGAACAGGUGAAAGGAGGCUGAAGUCACGGCUGACUCUUGAGCAGAUGACCUGCAGAACUGCUUGGAUUCACUCACAUCCUCUACACUUAGUGUAUGAUCAUCUACAUGAACAUUGGGGCACAUGGAUAGACACAGACUUAUUUGCAGAUACCAUUGAGUUCUUUCAAUUGAUGGGAUAGGGUUUGGAUUGUUUUUGUGUGUGUGUGGGUUUUUAUUUUUUGGUCUGUAUAAGGAAUUAUGUGUGUGUGAGUGGGGUGUGUGGGUAUUUUCAAGGUGUGGCUGUCUGGUGGUGAUAUCUCAGAGCAUGCCUAAAAGAGCACUGCAAGAUUAUUUUUGAAGAAAUUUUAUUUUAUUAGCGCUAACUCUUCAUAGUGUGUAAAUGUUAGAACAUUUUAAUAAUAUUUUAAAUCUGGGAUUUCCCAGUAUUUCAAAAAGAAAUAAUAUAUCUGUUAAGGUUAUUGGAAUGCUGCUCAGUUCUCUGAUCAGUGCUUAUGUUACGAUUGUUGAUAACUAACCAAAGUAGAUGCCUGCAGAGACUUUAAAAUGUAAAAAUAAAGAUGUAUGCUGCCCGUCAGCGAUUCUCAUUAGAAAAGUUAACUUAUUUUACUCCAUAAUUAUUAUAGAAACUGUAUAGACUAAAACCAGUAUUUUCUUGUACAUUUGUGCCAUGCACUGUUAUACAAGAGUAGGUAUACAAAGCUAAAGGAAGAAUUGUGGUCAUGUAUGGUUCUUGCAGGCUAUGAAGUCUGUAGAAUUCGAAAGAAGAGAUGCAAAUGCAUUUUUCUGCGAUUCUUCUGGACUCACAUGCUAAAGGAACCUGGGGAACAGAAAGGAAGCCUGAAGACUGACUACCAAAACUCGCAAUAUACUUACUUACCCACUGAGUCUGUAGCAUAACACGAACUGGAUUCUCUGUCCUUUUUUAAAAUAGCAUUUUGUAAAAGAAAUGAAUGUAGUCCCACGACUCCUGAUUUGAAAGGAACACCUUCUAUUUUUUAUAUGCAUCUCUUAUCCACUGUGACUUUUCUUUUUAAACUGGGCUCUGUGGUUGCAGAGUUUGGAAUGCAGAAAUGAAAUGCUUAGCUUUGCCUUUCUUAGGGGUGUGGACCCUGCCAGAAAUGUAAUUAUGCUCAAGUGCAUUAUUGGAAGGCACUGUGCACGCCGUUGGACUGCUGGCCAGAGUUAUGUUCCCUACUGGUCACGGCACAUUCAUAAUCACUGUAUUUUUUGACCCUGAUAAAAAAAAAAUAUUUUAAUGGUGUUCUGGUACUGUAAAUGGUGUCCUUUAAAUUAUUUAAUAACUUUUGGGUUUGGGGCAGGCAGAGAGGGAUGGUGUCUAGAGACACAACCACACUUUACAUCCUAUCUUACUCUCCCCUAUCUUCUCACCCUCCCUACAUCCUUUUUGUUAAAAAUAAAAAAAAAAACACAUUGUAUAUCUUGUCUUGUGUGGCAUUUUUUAAGAUUAAAAAUAUGCAGCAUUUAGAAGCUUUACAAAUGUUACGUACAUAGUGAGUUUCAUUUUUCCUUAAAAAAGGAAUAAAACACUGGGUGCUGGUGGCUCACGCCUAUAAUCCUAACUACUCAGGAGGCUGAGAUUUGAGGAUCACAGUUCCAAGCCAG